AUGUAUUUUCGUCCAAUUCGUUUAUUUAAAUUAUUCAUUAUAGUUAUUUGCAUAAUUAUUAUAACCUAUGAAAUCUAUCGUUUAUUAUUACGUCCAAGAAAAAAAUUAUCAAUGAUAAGAAAUACUGAUGCUUCAUCAAUAUUAUUGUCUAAAGAAGGUUUUGAACAACAUUCUUAUACUCUUGAAUCAUUUUAUAUAUCAUUACCAAAUUUUUCUGAUGAUGAAGCAAGAAAUUGGUUUUAUAGUUCAUCUUAUUAUAAAAUAAAUUCAAAAAAAUGUCCACAAGGUUCAUGUGAAGAAAAAGGUGUUUAUUUUAAUGAUACAAAAGAACAUCUUUCAGUUAAUAUUUUUCUUAUUAAAAAUGGUCUUUAUGUAAAUGAUGAUUGUGGUUAUAAUUAUGGAAAUGAUGCUAUACAACGUACAUUUAAAAAUUCAGAUGAACCUACUAUUAUUUAUGAUAAAGCUAUUAUUUAUACGGUUCCAGAUGGUUGGAGUUUUCAACAUUUUCUUGAUGGUAUUGGACCAAAAUUAUCUCAUUCAAAAUCUUAUUUACAAAAAUAUCCCGAUGCUAAAGUUAUUAUUAUACAAGGUGUUCGAUUUGAUCGAUCUGUUAAAGAAAUUUGGUCUAUGCUUGGAGUUGAAGAAUCUGAACGAAUAAUUCAUUAUAGUCCACAUAUGAAAAUCGGUGCUCGUCUUCUGAUAAAUCCAUGUAUUACUCCUGGUAUUCAUCCUCGUUUAUGGCAAGAUGCUCGAGAUAUGUAUUGGUCUAUAUCUGGUAUAUCUAAAUCAUCAAGUAACUCAGAAAGAAAUAAUUUAAUAUACAUUCAAAGAACGCCAACAAAUGCAAUGAAUGGUGCUCGUCUUAUAUUAAAUGAAGAACCAUUUAUUAAUAUUCUACGUGAUUAUUGUUCAAAACAUUCAUUAAAUUAUGUGCAGUAUGAUCAUUCAAAAGAUAAAGAUCAUAUUCGUUCUCGUAUUGAACUUUUUUAUAAUGCUAAAGUAAUAAUUGGUGUUCAUAGUGGUGCAUUAUCAAAUAUGAAUUUUGCCCAAUCAAAAACAACAAUUAUUGAAAUAAUGCCUUAUAAAUCUAGUUCAAGUUCACUUCCAAUGACUUGUUCAAUGUAUCGAGUUGAUGAUCUUCGAGCAUGUGCUGGUUAUAUUUUAUAUACUCAAGCACGAUUAUUAAAUCAAUCAUAUUGGAUUUUACCAAUUGUUGUAAAUGAUGAAGGAAAUCUCAAUGUUAAUAUAACUCGAUUACAAAAACUUCUCGAUCAAAUUUAA